UCAUUCAAACACAAAACAGGCCCCAAGAUAUUGUACUGUCAUAAACGAAGUGUAGAGCGAAAAAUCGAUUGAUUUUGCAUUAAAUCUCGCAUCCAGCAAUUGCUAAUCCUUUCUGAACUGUUUGUUAAGGGUGCUAGUGUAGGGUUAGUGCUCUGGAAAUAAGGUACGGUAGGUUUGCGUAAUCAAAGGUAGCCCUUAUUAAGGAUAUUUCAGUCGGCGCAUCAAGAGUACAGAAAAAAGUGGGUAAUUUUAGGGCGUUAAACAGUGAUUAUCGUCGUUCGCCUACUGCUUUGGUGCUACGAUUGUAGUGUCGAUUCAGAGUCAUUCAUAUUUCCAUCCCAUCGUGAGCUGCGGCGGAGGGCAAUAAGAAGAUAUUGUCCACGUCGCGAAGAAGAAAGCUUUUGCUGGGUGUAAGUUCAGAUCUGUUAUCGCAUAAUUGAGAUAAAUGGAGUAAUAUUACAACAGUGAGUGCUUGAUUUGGAAUAUGUCUGCACUUUGCAUGACCGAACGAGGCAGUUGUACCGGAUGCAAUCCUGAACGGCCUUUGCUGUCCGAUGAACUGAAGUAACUUGUUAAAGCACAUUGUAGCAGACAUUCCGAACUAAAGUUCCGUCCGAUAAAAAGUGUCGACAGGACCAUAAUUAGAAGCAAAAAGCGGUGAAAUCAUCUGUCGUUUUUUUGAGUUGUCAAACAAGGCAAAAGAGUUCAUCGAGGAAACAAUAAAUUUUCAAACCACUUGCCAAGAUGGCACCAGUUCGGGGAGAUGGAAUGCGUGGACUAGCCGUCUUUAUUUCGGAUAUACGAAACUGUAAAAGUAAAGAAGCGGAAAUAAAACGUAUCAACAAGGAACUCGCUAAUAUACGUAGCAAGUUCAAAGGGGACAAAACAUUGGAUGGCUACCAGAAGAAGAAAUAUGUUUGUAAGCUACUGUUCAUAUUUCUGCUUGGCCACGAUAUUGACUUUGGCCAGAUGGAAGCAGUCAAUCUGUUAUCUUCGAACAAGUAUUCGGAGAAGCAAAUUGGGUAUCUCUUCAUUUCUGUAUUGGUCAACACUAACAGCGACUUGAUCAAGCUCAUAAUUCAGAGCAUUAAAAACGAUUUGCAGUCUCGAAAUCCGAUUCAUGUUAACCUGGCCCUGCAAUGUAUCGCUAACAUUGGCAGUCGCGAUAUGGCCGAAGCGUUUUCAACGGAAAUUCCCAAACUGCUUGUCUCAGGGGAUACGAUGGAUGUAGUAAAACAAUCAGCGGCACUUUGCCUGUUGCGAUUGUAUCGCACAUGCCCUGACAUAAUUCCAGGCGGUGAAUGGACCAGCCGAAUAAUCCAUCUACUGAACGACCAACAUAUGGGCGUGGUGACGGCGGCCACCAGCCUCAUUGAUGCAUUGGUUAAGAAAAAUCCGGAUGAAUACAAAGGAUGUGUCAGUUUAGCCGUUUCCAGACUCUCUCGCAUAGUUACUGCUUCCUAUACGGAUUUGCAAGACUAUACGUACUAUUUUGUACCGGCACCAUGGCUUUCGGUUAAGCUCUUGCGACUUUUGCAAAAUUAUAAUCCUCCGACAGAGGACCCUGGAGUGCGAGGACGUCUUAACGAGUGUCUCGAAACAAUUCUCAACAAAGCCCAGGAACCACCAAAGAGUAAAAAGGUACAGCAUUCAAAUGCAAAGAAUGCAGUGCUGUUCGAAGCAAUCAACUUGAUCAUACAUAACGACAGCGAGGCAAAUUUACUCGUCCGAGCUUGUAAUCAAUUAGGUCAGUUCUUGAGCAACCGAGAAACGAACCUUCGCUAUUUGGCCCUGGAGUCAAUGUGCCAUUUGGCUACCUCAGAAUUCUCGCAUGAAGCUGUCAAAAAACAUCAGGAGGUGGUCAUUCUCUCCAUGAAAAUGGAAAAAGAUGUAUCCGUUCGUCAACAGGCAGUUGAUUUACUGUAUGCGAUGUGCGAUCGUACUAACGCGGAGGAAAUUGUUCAGGAAAUGUUGAACUAUCUCGAAACAGCCGACUAUUCCAUCCGGGAAGAAAUGGUACUUAAAGUUGCCAUUCUAGCGGAAAAAUACGCUACCGAUUUCACAUGGUAUGUGGACGUAAUUUUGAACCUAAUUCGUAUUGCUGGUGACUACGUGUCAGAAGAGGUUUGGUAUCGCGUAAUUCAGAUUGUCAUCAAUCGGGAGGAAGUGCAAGGCUAUGCGGCUAAGACAGUGUUUGAAGCCUUGCAGGCACCAGCGUGCCAUGAAAAUAUGGUUAAAGUUGGGGGAUACAUUUUGGGUGAAUUUGGUAAUCUGAUUGCGGGUGAUUCUCGUUCAGCACCGAUGGUUCAAUUCAAAUUGCUUCAUUCGAAGUAUCAUUUGUGUUCAUCUAUGACACGAGCAUUGCUUCUCUCGACCUACAUUAAAUUUAUCAACCUGUUUCCGGAGAUACGCACGACGAUCCAGGACGUAUUUCGACAGCACAGCAAUCUCCGCUCAGCGGAUGCAGAAUUGCAACAGCGAGCAAGCGAAUAUCUGCAACUGAGUAUUGUCGCUUCGACUGAUGUGUUAGCUACGGUGCUAGAAGAAAUGCCAUCGUUCCCUGAGCGUGAAAGUUCUAUUUUAGCGGUGUUAAAAAAGAAAAAACCAGGUCGAGUGCCUGAAAAUGCGGAGAUUCGUGACAGUAAAAGUCCGGUGCCAAAUGCCCAUAAUGCUCACAAUGCUCAAACAAACCAUGCGGCAGGGAUGAAUAACGCAAAUGCUAGUUCGGAUCUUCUCGGAUUGAGCACACCACCUGCUUCACAAUCGCAAACCGGAACUUUAAUCGAUGUCCUUGGAGAUAUUUACAGCACUACCAACGGUACCAGUAGUGUGAUUAACAAUGCUAAAAAGUUCGUAUUUAAAAACAAUGGAGUUUUGUUCGAAAAUGAUUUGCUUCAAAUAGGCGUGAAAAGUGAAUUUCGCCAAAAUCUAGGACGAUUGGGAUUGUACUACGGGAAUAAAACACAAACGGCGUUGCAGAACUUUGUCCCAACAUUACAAUGGUCGGCAGAUGAUGCGCUCAAGUUGAAUGUACAGAUAAAAGCUGUAGAGCCGACUUUAGAAGCAGGUGCUCAGAUCCAACAGCUGCUGACGGCAGAAUGUAUCGAUAACUACUCCGGAGCUCCGUCGAUUGUUAUCAGUUUUCGUGUUAACGGUGGAGCACCACAGAAAAUCACCGUUUUAUUACCACUAACUAUCAAUAAAUUCUUUGAACCAACAGAGAUGAACGCUGAAUCGUUUUUCGCAAGGUGGAAAAAUCUGGGAGGCGAACAACAACGGGCACAACGAGUGUUUAAGGCACAACAGCCCCUCGAUCUACCGGGAGCCCGUAACAAACUGAUCGGGUUCGGUAUGCAACUACUGGAGGGAAUUGACCCCAAUCCAGACAACAUGGUGUGCGCCGGUAUCAUUCACACGCAGGCUCACAAGGUCGGCUGUUUGCUUCGUCUCGAACCGAACAAGCAAGCACAGGUUUGUAUGUUCCGCUUGACAAUCCGUUCCAGCUUGGAGAAUGUCACACAAGAAAUUUGUGAACUAUUGGUAGACCAGUUUUAAAAAAAAUUGUAUAAUAAUAAAAUUCAACACGUUAUGUAAACACCUUUCGUACGCCAGAAGAGGAGUUUUCCUAAUUAAUUUUUGUUUUGGUUUAUACACGGCGUUGGACAUUAUCAACCAAAGCACUUAAAUUUUAUUUUUGUCAUCGCUAGCAAAUGUAGGUGGUUUUUGGGAAAUUUCCAGUCGUUGUAAUAAUUGUGUGUAUCAAAUUUAAUAAUGAUUUAAAGCGUUAUUUUCCAAUUAGUUCCAAUAUAAAGUGGUUCGUGUGCGCUGUAAGUUACUUCCAUAUCACACGACUCAUUCAUGAAUUCUAGAUAUUAGUAGAAAAGAUAAAUAUUAAUUGAUGAAAUCAAUUCAUUCUGAUUUUUGCCCUCUUCUGGUGACGUACAAGAACAUAAAACAGCUUGGCUGACAGUGUGGUUUUAAUCACAAAAAAAACGUAUCGUAUCAGCGAUAUUUCCAAUUACUUGUUAAAUUCGUUAGGAACACUAUGAAACAUUGGAAUAAACAGCCGUAUAUGGCACGAUGAAAAAUAAAUAAAAAUCUCAUUUAUCGAUUACAGGCAUACAUGCUAAAUUGUAAAUGUAAUAAUAAACAAGCAAAUUUACAAGCAUAAAACUGUAAUUAAGUAAGAUGAAGCUAGAACAAAUGCGUCCUAAUUUCGACAGAGAGAACUCACGCAGAAAUCGAAUCAUCACACACAUUUUCGCCAGCGCUUAUCGAAUCGACGCAAACAGUUAAAAAUUAGUGUAGCACAAACUAUCAUCAUUUGUUGAAAAUCGUAGUCCAGCUUUUACGAUUGUGAUACACAGAACAUGAUCCUCGGUUUCUAUCUUUUACUGAAAAGAAAAAAAAUGAGACUUCACGGUAGUUUCUUUUUCACCUUCUUAUUAGAUUACCGUUACUAAUAUAUUAUGUUAUAUUUGUAUAUCAUGCAAUAUUAUUUUACGCGUUAGGCAUUGUAAUAGAUGAAAUUACUGAUUCGUGUAGAUUAUUAUGGCUGAACUAUUUCUGCUUCUAGGUCAUAGUCAUACAUAUUACAAUAUCAUACUCAUCAAUCUGACUAAAUGCUGAACCACGAAUCCGCUAAUUGAGAAGGAUCAUUACAAUUCACAGUAACUGCAGAAUUCGCAGAAGUGUUAAAACAUCUUUAGCUUUAUCAGCCUUAUUCCGCAAGAUAGUGGAAUAUGUGAGGUAGUUUAUCCUCCAAUAAAAUUAGAAAAAAAUACAAUAAAAAUAGAACCUCAACGGAUCCAUACCAGAAAGAAUAAAAGCAGGAAAGUAAGAACGCAUUGAAGCUAUAUUCACAUUUACGAUAUGACAAAGCAUAUAAAUAUGAGAAAAAAUAUACGAAAGUUAAUAAAAGA